CCUUUCCAAAGUCGAUUUCCCGCUUAGCGUCAAUCAUUUCUUCAAUUAAUUAAUAAAAAUCAUCCAUUGUUGAAUAUGGAUUAUAUAAAUAACGAUUCGGCAAUUAGGUUUGCUGAAUCUGAAUUCUGUACUAAAUUAUAGCACAAAGAAUGAGCUUUGGAGGUUUUCAAUGUCAUUUGAUUUGCUCAAUCAAUGGCUCUUCACAAAUACAAUGGAGAAUUAUUACCGGAGAGAAGAGGCAUUAUCGGCGCGGUUUUCAAUUCUCUCGAUCGACGGAUCGUUCGUCGAGGAAGAAGAUUCGCUCGGUUUUUUACUAAACCCAGUUUUUGCAUUUGGGUUUUGCUUCUUUCUGCUCUCUUUUUGAUUUCUCUUUCUGUCUUUGGCCUUAAAUUGCAUCUUCCUGGUAAUUUGGAAAGUUUGGAGCGUAGGAUUUCAUCUCUAGAGAAAUUUGAUGUUGCUGAUGGUAGAGAAAGUGAAGUCCAGUCUUCAGAUGAAUUAAAGCAACAAAAAGCAACAAAAAGCAAGCAUCGUAACCUGCAUUUGCCUUGUGAUAUUGAGUUUUCGGAAUCAGUUGAUCAUCUCAUUGAGCCCCAGGAUAUAAGAAAUUUCGCUCAAUUUUCGCUUCGUUAUGUGGCCACUGAAGAGAAACCUCUGGGAACAACUUUAUUUCAAUCUAGAUUUGGAGGACAUCAGACCCACGAGGAAAGAGAGAAAUCUUUCUAUGCUAGAAAUCAAACACUUCAUUGUGGUUUUGUUAAAGGAUCCCCUGGAGUCCAUAGCACUGGAUUUGAUUUGGAUGAAAAGGACAAGGCAUACAUGAAUAGCUGUCGGGUAGUGGUUUCCUCUUGCAUUUUUGGCAGCUCGGACUUUCUGAGAAGGCCUACAAGUAAAAAGAUCAGCGAAUUUUCCAAGAGAACUGUUUGUUUCAUUAUGUUUGUGGAUGAGCAAACACUAUCCAAGCUGUCUUCAGAUGGACAUAUACCUGAUGAUGGAGGGAAUGUUGGUCUAUGGAGAAUAGUAGUUGUUCGGAAUUUACCGUAUAAAGACAUGCGGAGAACUGGAAAAGUGCCAAAAUUUUUAUCACAUCGCCUCUUCCCUUCUUCUAGCUAUUCAAUUUGGCUUGAUAGCAAGAUGCGACUCAACACUGAUCCAAUGUUGAUUAUUGAAUAUUUCUUAUGGCGUACAAGAUCAGAGUAUGCCAUUUCAAACCAUUAUGAUCGACACUGUGUCUGGGAGGAGGUACUUCAAAAUAAGCGCCUAAAUAAGUACAAUCACACUGCGAUUGAUGAACAAUUCAACUUUUAUCAGUCUGAUGGCCUCAUGAAGUUUGACCCUUCAGACCCAAAUGCUCUUCUUCCAAGUUACGUGCCAGAAGGUUCAUUUAUUGUACGGGCCCAUACACCAAUGUCAAAUUUAUUUUCAUGCCUCUGGUUCAAUGAAGUUGAUCGAUUUACAUCACGUGAUCAACUUAGCUUUGCAUAUACGUACUUGAAAGUGAGGAGACUAAAUCCAGAUCGACCAUUCUAUCUAAAUAUGUUUAAGGAUUGUGAACGCAGAGCACUAGCAAAGCUAUUCCAUCAUAGGGUAUUGCCAUCAGCUCCGCCUGGUCCUUGAUCAUUGAAAUUAUAUGCCUUUACUGGAAUUUUUAUUGAAAGAAGGAGAAACACUCAGGAAUCAUGAUUGCCUUAUUCAAGAAUUUAAUGCGUUUAAUCUUUCAAGCUUGAUCAGAAAUCAGGCCUGAGCAGUGAGCUGCCUUAUUAGAUAGUGAAUUUGAUUAGUUGGAUCUUGGAUGCAGUCCUGUCCAUGAUAAAUGACUUUGGAAAAACUCUAUUAUGUUGGCCCAGCAUUUUCUCAAUUGAGAGAUGAAGGAUUUGUGGGCUUCAUCGCAACCUCACUCAAACCAAGCUAAUUGAACCAUAUGUGCACAUAACAUAGAGAUUGAUGACUGACAUUGAUUUCUACUAUGUUACAUUUUUUUUCUUCUUCUGAAUAUUGGAUUUUCCAACAAAUCCUUCAGAGAGGAGGUGCUAAAUUUUGAAGGCAUUUUUUUAUC